AUGGAAGGAAUGAAGAAGACUGAUGCCCAACGGCCCGCAAGUAGGCAGAAGCCUAUUAAGACUGAGUGGAGUUCCCGAAGUGUUGUCUUCACCUACUUCCAGGGGGACAUCAGCAGUGAAGUAGAUGAGCACUUCUCCAGAGCUCUGCGGAAUGUGAAGAGGCCCAAGGAGUUGAGCCCCUCAAGCCAGAGCCACAAAGUGAUCCUAAAGAAUGAUGGUGACAUGGCUCCCGAUCACUGGAGAGUCUCUUCUCCCUGGACAAGGCCACAGCCAGAAACACCCCUUGCAACUCCUGCCACCACGAGCAGAUUGAGUGUGUGUGAUCCCAUUCCUGUGGAGCACUACCCACUGGCUCUGCCGGAGCCCCCCAGUGCUCAGCCUAGGGAGCUAUGGCACUUCCCCCCUCUAGCAAGCCCCAGCUCCCCAGAGCCUGGCUGCGCUCAAGUAUUUCCUGGUGGGCACCUGAUUCCAGGGUCUCACCCACCCAGGAAAUGUGAGCCUUUCCUAGGUUUCUUCCAGCAGGAGAGAUGCCUAACUUGUCCUCAGGAAUCUGCCAUGAGCGAAGAGUACAACCAUGUCCAGAUUCCCGGAAGCGCAGGACUAUUCUUCAAUAUGCCUCCUAGCUCAGUCAACUAUAAAAAACUCUAUGUCUCCCCAAGUCAUGGAUCUGUCAGUCCCAGCCUACCAAAUGAAACAUUGAACUACUGGGGCCACCCAAGUGGAUACCUGCCACAUUUUCAGUCGAGUUGGAGGAGCAAGGCAACGGUUGGCACAAGAUAUGUCAGUGAGACGUCCACGAAGAUCGCUCCAGAUCAAAUGGCAACCUCUCCAGCUCACCCAUCUUCCCAUGCUCACCCAUCUCCCGAUUCUGAUAAAGAGCCUUGUAUCUAG